GCGCACGUCCCAGCUCGGUGGCGCGCACGCCUGCGGGAGCCCUCUCCAGGCAGCCCAGUGCUGAUCGCCGGUGCCGGUGCGGCCGUUCCCCCUCCGUAGCGGGAGGCGAGGCUCCGAAGCAGCCCCCUCCUGAGCCAGGGCCGAGCUCCCCCACCCCGCUCCCGCUGGACCCCGGGGCAUGAGCAACGAUGGCGGGCUGCAUCCCCGAGGAGAAAACUUACCGGCGCUUCCUGGAGCUGUUCCUGGGCGAGUUCCGCGGACCGUGCGGCGGCGGCGAGCCGGAGCCCGAGCCCGAGUCUGAGCCCGAGCCCGAAGCGGAGCUGGUCGCGGCUGAGGCGGCCGAGGCUUCGGGGGAGGAACCCGGGGAGGACGCUGCGACAGGAGCGGCGGCCGAGGAGGGGGAGCAGGACCGAGACCCCGAGCCCGAGGAGGAGGCGGUGGAGGAGGAGGCGGCGGCCGAGGGCGAGGAGGUGGAGGAGGAGGAAGCGGCGGCCCCGGGGCACUCGGCCGUGCCGCCGCCGCCGCAGCCCCAGCUGCCGCCGCUGCCCCCGCUCCCGCGGCCGCUGUCGGAGCGCAUCACCCGAGAGGAGGUGGAGGGCGAGAGCCUGGACCUGUGCCUGCAGCAGCUCUACAAAUAUAACUGCCCUUCCUUUCUGGCUGCUGCCUUAGCCAGAGCCACGUCAGAUGAAGUCCUCCAGAGUGACCUUUCUGCUCACUGUAUCCCAAAGGAAACGGAUGGCACAGAAGGCACUGUGGAAAUUGAGACGGUGAAACUGGCCCGUUCGGUCUUCAGCAAGCUCCACGAGAUCUGCUGCAGCUGGGUGAAGGACUUCCCUCUGCGCAGGCGGCCUCAGAUUUAUUAUGAAACGUCAAUCCAUGCCAUCAAAAACAUGCGAAGGAAGAUGGAGGACAAGCACGUCUGCAUUCCUGACUUUAACAUGCUCUUCAACCUAGAGGACCAGGAGGAACAAGCUUACUUUGCAGUGUUUGAUGGCCACGGGGGAGUGGACGCUGCCAUUUAUGCCUCUGUUCACCUACACGUUAACUUAGUGCGCCAGGAGAUGUUCCCCCAUGAUCCUGCUGAGGCUCUCUGCCGGGCCUUCCGGGUCACGGAUGAGCGGUUUGUGCAGAAGGCAGCCAGGGAGAGCUUACGAUGUGGCACCACAGGAGUAGUGACUUUUAUCAGAGGCAACAUGCUCCACGUGGCAUGGGUGGGCGAUUCCCAGGUUAUGCUUGUGAGGAAGGGCCAAGCUGUUGAACUAAUGAAACCACACAAGCCAGACAGAGAGGAUGAAAAGCAGCGAAUUGAGGCCCUUGGAGGUUGUGUGGUUUGGUUUGGUGCCUGGAGGGUGAAUGGAAGUCUGUCAGUCUCCAGAGCUAUCGGAGACGCUGAACACAAGCCAUAUAUCUGUGGAGAUGCAGAUUCUGCCUCCACUGUUCUGGAUGGGACUGAAGACUACCUCAUUCUGGCCUGUGAUGGCUUCUAUGACACCGUGAACCCUGAUGAGGCAGUAAAGGUUGUGUCUGACCACUUGAAAGAGAAUAACGGAGACAGCAGCAUGGUUGCCCACAAAUUAGUAGCAUCCGCUCGUGAUGCUGGGUCAAGUGAUAACAUCACUGUUAUUGUGGUAUUCCUGAGGGACAUGAACAAAGCUGUACAUGUUAGUGAGGAAUCAGAUUGGACAGAGAACUCUUUUCAAGGAGGGCAAGAAGAUGGUGGGGAUGAUAAGGAGAAUCAUGGAGAGUGCAAACGCCCUUGGCCUCAGCACCAGUGCUCAGCACCAGCCGAUCUAGGCUAUGAGGGGCGCGUGGACUCAUUCACUGAUAGAACUAGCCUCAGCCCAGGGCCCCAGAUCAACGUGCUGGAAGACCCAGACUACCUAGACCUCACACAGAUAGAAGCAAGCAAACCUCACAGCACCCAGUUUUUGCCACCAGUUGAGAUGAUUGGUCCUGGUGCACCAAAGAAAGCAGAUCCUAAUGAGCUAAUAAUGGAGGAGGAAAAAUCAGUCAAGUCAUCAUUGCCUGAACAGAGUGGUGCUGGAGAGUUUCUGGCUUCUUUUAAUUUGGGUUCAACAGGGCAACAGAUAUGCAGAAUGGAGAGCUUGUCUCCUGUUUGUCCUGGGUUGGAAAAUGAACAGUUCAAAUCCCUGGGGAGAACAGCGUCUAGAUUGUAUCGUUUACGCCACCACUACUCCAAAAGGCAGCGUGGAUUCAGGUUUAAUGCAAAGUUUUAUUCGUUUCUUUCUGCUCGAGAGCCUUCUCACAAAAUAGGCGUUAGCCUCCCCUCACUCACUCGAAGUGGGAAGAGAAACAAGUUGUUACGAAGUUCUUUGCCAUGGAGGGAAAAUAGUUGGGAAGGGUGCAGUGGAAACAUGAAGAUUAGAAAGCAUAAUGAUAUUCCAUGCCCAGACCUUCCCUGGAGCUAUAAAAUAUAAGACUUUUUCUUCAAUGUAGGCUAGCUAGGCUCUCUCAAAAAUAUAACUAUCAGAGUAGAAACACGGUAGACAUUUUUAACAUUCAUGUGCUUCAUUACGAAUCCACGGAUGGCUCAAUCCUUAAGUGUACAUAGAUCUUUAGGAAACUCAAAAUAGUGUUUUCAAUCUUAAAAAAGUAUUGGCGGUUUCACUAGCAAAAUUAUUCAACUGGUCCCUGUGAUGUGUCUCUAUACCCACACAUAGCUCCCUCUCCACCAUCCCUUCACGUCACUAGUGGAAGCUUGAAAGUUAUUCCAGUCAGAAUAUAUGGUAUGGAAAUCGCAACUAUCUGGUCUGAUGUGCCUAAUUUAAAGGAAACAAUGCAGAAUUAAAUUUUGUUGGGAAAUGUCCCUCAAGAUCUUGGGGACUAUGAAGGAUCCCUUCCCAGUUGUUUGGGUAGAUGAAAGACUAAAAGCCACAUGGGUCUUAACUGCUGAUGAAAGAUGCAGUAAACCAGUACCAAAGUGUCCUGUACUCAGACUUGGGAGGCGUACACAGUAAGAUAAUUUAUUCAUUUUUCACAGAAAAUGAAAGGCAACUAUGAACAUUUUUAAUUAAGAUACUUAAGGUUUUAGUUAUUUGAGAGUUUCAUAACCUGUUAUGGUGCUUUUGGUGGAAUUCUGUUUCUCAUCAUUUUAGGAGACCACCGUCAGCUGGUUAUCACCUAUGAUGCUAAUGUUUUUCACAGUACCUUCAUCUCAGGAAUAAAGUGGUUUAACAGAGAUGAUGUCAGGUACCAUGUUAGAUUCAAACGUUAUUUGAAAAGAGUUGUGAAAAUAGCAUUUCUAUAUUUUCUGCUUUUUUUAAGUUUACAGACAGCAAAGGCAUAUAUUACUAUAAUGUAAAAUAUAGUUUGGAGAAUGAAAAAAUGAUAGUUUUAACUUCUCUAAAAUUGUUUUCCCCAAGGGAAUGAAGUAAUUGGUAUGGAGGAGGUUGAGUGUGAACCCAGAGGCCAAGUGCAGAGGAGAAUGCAGAUUACUGAGAGCCAGGGCCAUUUAGCUUUAACUGGAAGAUGAGCCAGUGUCCAGCCACCUGCUUCAGACUACAGUGACAGGUCAUGUGCUUCUCAUUUCAAUACUUAAGUUAUAGUUUUAAACCGUCUACCUUUUGCAAUUUUUCGUUUCAAAGCAGAGAGACAGCAAAUCCACUAUCAUGUUUGUUCAAUGAGGCAGCUGAGUUUCUCUCAGUCACGACUGUUUCCAUGUUCCCUACACCAUCACCCUGGGCCAGCCAGGCCAACAGACAGGAGUAGCUGCUGGAGCCAUUGCUAGUACAAUGGAUGCACUGCUAGUGUUCCUGCUGAGGCACAGCCACUGCCCAAUUAUGUUCUAUGUAACACAAUUCAUGUUGCAUUCUCCAGACCCACAGAGGCCUAAGAUCCCCAAAUUUCAGAGACAGUGAUGACUGUACAUAUCACAGGUAAUGGUAGAGCUACCUAAAUCUUUAGAAACCAAAACCCAGCUUCUCUUCAGCAGUGAUCCCACUGUUGAUCUACAGCAUUUGUUUUCUGUUGGCCUUGGAGUCAUUAAUUCUUCCCCUCCAGUCUUGUGACACACAGGUGAAAAGGAAUAAAUGUGGCUCCCCUCAACAGUGUUAGUUCAUCAUCCUUCUGAUGCUCUGCCCUAUACUUGGACCUCAUUCACGUCUGUCAUUUUUUAAAGCCCAGAUCUUAUUGCCAACCCAUCAAAUUCAGGGUCAGUUUCAAAUCAAAUUUCUAAUGAAACAAGAAAACAGAAGCAGCAGAACAUCAUAUCCCAAAGUAGCUACAUACAUUUAAAAUUUUUUUUCUAUGUUUAUCUGUUGGUAAUAAUUCUGAUCAGCAUGAGGAGAAAGAAUGCACUCUGAGGUAAUAGGCUUUUUAUCAGUGGGGUAAAAAAAUGGGUGGAUGAAACUGGGACAAACAGACCCAUUUUGAAAGGUCUGGAUUUUGUAGGUCUGACUACACAGCAGUGUUAACUCCAUUUCUCAUACCAUUAGCUCUCUAGAAAAUAGAGAAAAGUACUUCUAGUGUGGUCAAGUUAAUAAACCAAUAUUGUAAAAAAUAACUUCAUUUGUUCACAAUGUGCGUAUUUAUAGGGUAGUUAGGUACCAUUUGUAAGGUAAGUCUUUUAACAUUCUAUAGUAAUAAAGUAGUGGUUAUUGGCCUGAUAGAUGCUGCUGUUGGUUCUAUAAACCAGACAAGAAGCAGUGCUUUGUGAAAUGCAGUGUUAAACCUUAAUGCCACUGGUGAUAGGAAGUAGUUCCCUUCAGUUCAAAUCCUCUGCCCUUAUUUGCUGCUUGCUAAUGUAAGCAAUAAGUAACCCUCUAACUAAUGGUAUCUAUACAUUUCUGUAACUUAUAUUUAAUGACGUUGUAUCUGGUGAUUGUAAAAAUAUUAGACAGAUAUAAAAGUAUCUAUACAAUAUAUAUUAACUGUAAAUGCUGAGGUAUAGUCUGUGAAUUAUGUGUUUUGUACCUCUAUUUCAUUGUGCAACUUAGUGGUGGUGAAGUUCUACACUCGAUCCUUAAAGAGUGGCAGUGUCACCUUUUAACACGAUCUGCAUCAACUCGUUUGCUUGCUAAAACAGUUUUGUUAAGUAGGAAAUAGCAAAACCAAUAUAAACAAGACAGUGUAGUAUCUGAUAGGAAAGCAGUCAAGUCACCAACCGAGGUUGCUACUCCUUGUACAUUCACUGUGAGCUGCAAAGGGCAUCCGUCCCUAGUUGAAAAGGUUUUCCUUCUUAGAUCUGUAUGUUGGGAAGGAUAUCUGAGGCUGGCAACAUUACAGCACCAAAUACUGGAGCUAUUAAUUCUAUUUAUGUCUGUACAACAGAAGUCAGACAGAAGAACAGGUAUAUACCUUCUCUUUACCUACAAGUGCCAUCCACUGUCCUUGAAGUAAUACAAUUAGAGUCCAUGUGGCAUUUAAUUUAAGUAGAAGGCUCCUUGAAAGCAGCAUUGUUUCAAAGGACAAUGUCAGUAAUGUCAACACUAACUCUAACCCUGACCACAUUAUUGUGGUAACAACACUGCAUUUCCAUGACGACCACCACACUCCAUUGUAAGAAGUGCAACAUCAAAAGGGCAGAUGAAAAUGAUGCAUGAUGCUUCCAGUGUUGCAGGUAAACUGCUGUGCUUCAAGUACUUCCUCCCCAUCAAAGGCUUACUCAAGUUUUGUCAAAAAAGGUCUAAGUUAUUUUAAUUUUUAAACUUAAUUUGCUCAAUGAUCUUUUUCACCAAAGGCUACAAAAUGUUUGUUUGAGAAAAUUUUCUUUGAAUCAUCAAUUACUAAAAUAUGUCUUCACCUUUCAAAGCCAGGAUAAGAUACUCUUUGUUCUGAUCAUGAAAAGAUUUUUUUUGCAAAACACAUGAUACUGCAGUAUUGUAACACCCAGACAAAUAGUACUGGGUGCUCUUGUUGCAGUCGCCAGCAGCAUUUUAGCCACUCAAGCCUAUUUAUCCCACUAAUUUGAAACAUGAGGGAGGGCAGGGGAUUCCACUGACACAGCAGUAACUCUUGCAAAGGAAAUACUUUUAAUUAACUCUGAUGUACUAGAUAAUGCAGAUACAUCAUUGUACUCUCUCUAGGUGCUCUUUGCUGAGAGACAAGCUUUCUCUUAUUCAUGACAUUUGACAUUUCUCUGCAAAGAAUUCUCUCUGGAGUGAAGUGAGUGAAGUUACAUUACAAACCUGCUCUACAGAUCACUUUUGAGUUGAGUUGUAAUCAUAAGUGAUCCUUCAUGUUUUAUUUAUUAAAACUGUUUAUUCAGGUAAGGAGUAUGUUGAAAUUUUGCCAAUAUCUUAAUAAAACUCAGCAAGUAAAACCCA